GAAGGGGAGAAGGAAAAGAAAGGGAGAUGGAGGAGGAGGAGAGAGUGAGGGAGAGGGUGACCAAACGGAGGGAGGGAGGGGGGAACGGCUUAUGCUUGUAUACAACCCUGAUUUCCAUUUUUUUCCCAACUCGUAAUGUAUUUAAUUCAAGUGAAACGUAAUCAUGACGUGUGGUGUCAUUAAUCUGCUCGCCGCCUCUCCCAAAGUUGAAGGAGGAGGCUGCUUCCGAACAGUGUCCCCCCCCAGCCGAGACCUUAAAGGAUGGCAUAACAUCUCACACACUGCUGAGGAUGGAUUCUCCACCAGAAUGUGUGCUGUCUCUUUCCUGUGAGCAGCCCCAGUCCCCCCCGACUCUGCCCUCCUUGGACCACAGCCCCCAGGCCUCCUCUCCUCCGGCUGACAGCCCCGUCAUCCUGCAGACCCACAGCCCCGAACCCUCCCGUCCGAGCCCAGACACCACCCCGUAUUUCUCCCUAUCCUCCUCUCCCCUCCUGGAGGAUGAUGGGAGCCGCCACUUUGAUGCUGACGCUGAAGAGGUGCUGGAAGGAAUUCCUGCAUCACCCAUCCCGGCAGUGGCUCUCUUUCCAGGGGGUCAGGAGGCAGGAUGUAGCCCUGGACUGGACUCCUCCCCCCCUGACACACCGUCAGCUCCAUUCCUCGGGUACGGGGCGCUGGAGCUGGCCCUGUCCUCAGGACAGGGUGGAAACUGCAGUGAGGAGCUAGACCUUCAGCUGUUCAGGAAGGACACUGCCACCAGGACCGUACCGGGAGUGGGGGCAGCAUCUGGGCCGGCCCUCAGGUUUCCUUGUCACGUGUGUGGGAAGAGGUUUCGGUUCCAGAGCAUCUUGUCUCUACACGCUCGAGCUCACAGUCUGGAUCGGGAUCGCCGAGCUUCAGCCCUCUAUCGCUCCGAAAUCCCACCCCCUCCUCUAAAGAAGCACCUCAAGGCCCAGCAGAACCACCAGGACUUCAUUUCCAACCACAGAAGUCGCUCAAACCAGCGUUUACUUCCCGGAGCGCUCAUCCAGCACCUCACUAAAGAUGAGGACGGUAACCUCAAAGGUCCGGAUGACGACCGACAGCUAAACCAGAAGCCGAACUUCUCCCUUGAGGAAAGCACACCCGUGACACCUCCUCUCACAGAGGAGCACACAUCUGUGACCUCCCCCCAUUCCUCCACAACUGGGGAUGGUUCAUCUCUCUCCACUGUGUCCACAUUUCGCUGCCACGCCUGCAAAGGCAAAUUCCGCACAGCGUCUGAGUUGGCACGCCACGUCCGCAUUCUCCACAAUCCGUACAAGUGCACCCUGUGUCCUUUUUCCGCCAGCCAGGAGGAGAGCCUGGCAUCCCACCUGCAGGACUGCCAUCCUUCCCCUGACACCCCUGCUCAGGCACCCUCCUUUAACUCCAGGAACCCCGUCGACACUCCCCUGCCCACCCCGACCCACACCCCAGGUCCAACCACUAAUAGUCCUCAAAUGACAGCUGCCGCAGGCUCCGGAUCCACAACCAUGCCUGCCUUUCGCUGUGAUACCUGUGGACAAAGAUUCACACAGUCCUGGUUCCUGAAGGGACACAUGAGAAAGCACAAGGACUCCUUGGACCACAAGUGCCAGGUUUGUGGUCGAGGUUUUAAGGAGCCCUGGUUCCUCAAAAACCACAUGAAAGUUCAUCUCAACAAGCUUGGCCUGAGGGCUGGACUGGGAUCUCCUGGAGGUGGUGCCGACCUGCCGUCAAAAGGUUCUGCUAACAGUCAGUCUCUCAACGCUCUGUACUCGAGUCUUCUUAUGGCUCAGAGGGGAGGUGGGGCCAGAGGAGGACAGGGGAGAUCUGACAGGGAGACUGAGGCCCGGGCUGAGAUGGGUCUGAGCAAGUCGGCGAUCCUGGGAUACCUGGGCCUGCCCAGUGACGGGGGUGGAGCUAGCUGUAUGGAGAGACUCCAAGCAGUGGCUCAAGUGGCAGAGAUGGGAAACGGUGGUGGUGGUGGCAUCGCUGGCAGUUCAGGAGGAGGAGAACCAGGAAGAGGAGGAGGAACAACGAGAGGAGGGAGCUCGGGUGAAACUGCCCCAUCUAUUGCAGACGGGGGGGACCAGGCAGCCUGGUGGCAGCUGGUGGCUCGCAGCCUGGCGGUUUCCCAGCAGCAGCAGAGGCCCCCUCAACAGCAGCAGGGACGCCGCGCUUCAAACCGAAGCCCGAUGACUGCAGAGGCAGACCGGGUCAGAGCCUUCCUGGGAGGCCUGGAGCCGAGAGAAGAGACAGGAGGAGCUGGGGGGUCGUGGGAAUGCCCCGACUGUGGAAAGCUGUUCCGCAGCCUCCAGCAGGUUGUGGUACACGCUCGCGUUCACACUCAGAGGCCUCAGAAAGGAGUCCGGGAAGAAGAUGGGAGUCGUACAAGAGUGGGGUCGGGAAGAGGAAGUGUUGGUGAGGUGAGGCAGGAACCUCAGCCGCACAGCGGCACGUCUCAGCAGAUGGGAGACGUGGGACAGGAAUCCAAAGUCAGCAGAGGAUCGCACCAACCAGGGGCAGCCACGGACUUCCACUCUGUCAUCUCCAACCUCAAAGGGGAAAACGGCCUGGCAGCAGCGGCCUCCGUGCCCUCAGCUCCCACCAGAGAGCGAAUUCGUGGCAGGGGGAUAAAAGACUGCCCCUACUGUGGCAAGGCCUUCCGUUCCUCACACCAUCUCAAAGUGCACCUGAGAGUUCACACAGGGGAGAGACCCUACAAAUGCCCCCACUGUGACUAUGCGGGUACUCAGUCUGGGUCGCUGAAGUACCACCUUCAGCGGCACCACAGGGAGCAACGAAACGCCUUAUCAGCCUCGUCCAACUCAUCGUCCUCUGGCGUCACCUCCACCAUCAACAGUUUGGCAUCUGGAACAUCCGGAAUGGGAAAGCAGCGCCGAUCGCAGCUCAGUCAGCACCUGACUAAGCGAGGGUCAUCUGACACCCUCGCCUCCCGGCCCAGCCAGCAGUCCUGGCUCCUCGGCGUCCCUGACCCUCAGGAGCAUCGGAAAGCUCUUGCCGCUCUGAGGGAUGUGGACUUGGAGACCCAGUACAGGUACCUCUCUGGGGUGAUGGGGGCCCUUUACAAAGGUGGGAUGGAAGGAGGCUGGAUCCGAGAAUCCACACCACCAAAGGUCCCCAAAGUGUCUCGGCGGAAGCCCCUCACCACAAGCCGGAUGGUUCAACCACCGACUGAGAAGGACGGUCCUGUGACAUUGACCCAGGAAGGCAGGUUUGAGCCUUUGGAUUUGUCCCGCCGCACCUCACCAGGCCUCGGAGGGGUGGAGGAGAAUGAAAGCAUGGGAGGGGACGAAGCGGGAGGUUUGUGGGGGGGCGGUGGGCCUGAAGGCUCAGCGGGGGUCAAACUGAGUCAGUGUUUGUUCUGCCCUUUCCACACGUCGUCUGCAGAGCUGAUGGCCAUGCAUCUGCAGGUCAACCACACCAGUAAGUCCAGACGCAAACGGGGCUCCUCCACCCUCUUAGAUGAAGAUGGAGUCCCAAAGCCCACCAAGAAGGGCUUCUCCAGCCUUGACGCAGUGUGGAGGCACAUGAGGGAGGCGCAGCCCCAAAGCCACCUGGGAGAGUGGCCCUCAGCUCACUCCCACAGCCAAAAUGGGCUUUGUGAACAUCUAGAUGACGCUCCUCAGCAUCCAGACUCCAUGGCUGCCAUGUCAAAGAUUGACAAGAUAGGGGAGCAAAGAAAUGACGAAGAGGAGGAGUUUGAGGCGAGUUUGGAGAACGGCAGUGUGGAAGACUUCCAAGAGCAGGAUCUGAGGAUUUCUCCAGAUCUGUCACCAGCUGUGAGCUCCAUCCACAUGGUGGAGGAAGAGGACAAACCCCUAACAGAUUAGAAAACUGUGCAGCAGCGUGGCUAAAACCUAGAUUUUCAGAAACAUUCGGCACAGGUGUGUUUCCUGAAAGUUACAGAUGUUGCUUUUUUUAUUAAAUGUGAGGGAAAAUCAUCUCGUUUGUCUGCUGGAGCUGUGACAUCUACCAGAAAUCCCAGGUAGAAUCCCACGAAAGAGGAAGCCCGAAUGCAUCUCUUCAGGAUUUGAAGGUGGAUUAUUUUUUUUCCAUUUCGUCCUUCCAACUCCAAGCAGUUUUUUAAAAUGCUCUCAAAUUUGAAGACUGACGGAGACGUCCAUGUGAGAUUCCGAGCAGAAUCCUGCAUCCUUCCAGAGUCACGGAUCCACACCGAGGAAGUUCUGCUCUGGACUGACGGCUUCCUGUCCGAAAGCGCUGCUCGUGAGCACGCGUGCGGGGAGAAAGCUUCCUGGGAGAAACUGCUCCCUCCGAUCUGUGCCACUGCCUUGAACUGUCCUCAGCGCCCGUCCCGCAGAGCAACCGAAAGAAAGCGUUGUCUUCUUUUUUUUCUCUCGCUGUGGUUGUUGUUUUCAGUCUGUUCCUGUUUGCUGUCGAGAGAGUCUUCCGGAGACUCCGACAGGUCGUUUGUUUGUAACCCGAAUAUACAGUUUAAAACAGCUUCAGUAUAUUUGUUGAAGAGUGCUUUAGGGUGUUGUGAAUAGUUGUAAAAGAAAUGCCACGUGGAGGCGGCCUGCGGCUGCUCGCGUGGAAGAAGAAGAAGAAAAAAAGAAAAAGCAGACGAUAUAAUGUGACAAAAGGGUUACAGAUGAUAGAGGGGGCAGAUUUCUGUGUUUACAUUUGUCACAGUGAAAAACCCACUAAGUGUGAGUCUGUUUGGGGGGUGUUUAACUCCUGGACACAAUCAGUUGACAUUUUCUAUGGAGAUUUUAGAAAUUGUGUCAAAAAUGAGAUUUUUUUUUUGUUUUCUUCAUUUAUAAUAGAAAGUAGAAAAUGUUUCCUCAAAGACAUAAUUGAAGAAAAAAGCUGUACUAUUGGCUCAUGGUGUCAUUUUUUUCUUUUUCUUAUUUAGAUGUGUAGAUUCUCUCUUUUCUUCUUUUUGGAUAAGAAAAGACAGUGGUAGGUUUAUUGAUUAAAACACUAACACAUGCAUAGGCAUCCCAGUAGAAUAAGUGUAGCUUUGAAAAAGUGGAGAAAAAAAAGCCGACUCCUGUUCGUUUUCAUUUCAAGAUGCUUACGGAAAAACUUAUCAAUACAGGUAAUAUUGAUUAUCAUGUUUGUGAGCUAAGACUAGUUGGAAUGUCAAAACAGAGCACUGUGCAAGGUUUGAGUUCCCAAAGUAGUUUUUAUUUUUAUGAUUAUCGUUGACUCUUCUGGAUAGACCAAACGUUCUGUUUUUCCAAUGGCAGUUGUCACCUUUUAUUUUUUUUGUUGUCAUCCCAAACGUGUACGAUUCAUUGGCUUUAUGAAUAGGUUGUGAGUGUACUGAGUUUUGAAGUCCUAAGGUAGUUCCAAAGUGGCCUCAAAAUCAAAGUGUGAUUUUUGUGAAGACAAACUACUGUUACAAACUAUUAAAAAAAGACUUUCAGCAUGAAAUUUUGUGAUUUGAAGGUAUAUUUAUAUAAAAAAAAAGGUAAAUGUGAGGCAUUAGUUUCCCCAGACCCUCUGUUCAUCAACAUUUGAUGGGGUAGUUUAUCACUGCGACCAUACUUUAUUGUGCAUUAAUGUUUUUGAAGUCCUUUUUAGAGCACCUUAUGAGUUUUGUUGUGAACGUCCCUCAGUGGUGUCUCCUUAACAGCUACUAUCAAUGCCACCGUGCCUUCUGUUUCAAGCACUUCCUGGUGUAUUUUGUAAAACUCACCGAAAGCACUUAGCCGAAAUCAACACCCUUUUCUCUUCUUCAUCACAUCCGCUCAUUUUCCUGACUGUCCGUCGGACUUCUGCAGUCUGACUCAUGAUGGGACGCCCCCUCCAGCCCCCCCCCCCCCCCCCCCCCGGCCUGUCGGGCCUUAAACGCGGCCACUCGGCCUCAUUCAGCAUCGCUUCAAAUGGCUAAAAAAAUCGAAUUAGGUUUGGCUCCAGGAUGAGUUUAACCCUUGGAAAGCCAAAGCCCAAAUCUACGAUUAUUGGAUGUUUUAUCGUCAUAAGGUGCCAAAACAUGUCCAGCUGGACACUAAGCUUGAAGAAAGAAAUUCCAAUCAGACUGUUUUCUCUGUCCCCCAUCAUGUCCCUCUCUCGUCCGUGAACUGUCAAUCUGCAGCACCACUUGAAGGUGACGUGUGCUAUCUGGUAUUGAGGCCUUUAUUAGACUUUAGUUUCUGUUUGUUUGUUUGUUUGUGUGGUGUUUGUUACAUGCCGUUGAGAUGGAAAAAUGCUCUUAUAAUGAUAAGUAUUAUUGUUUUUGGCAUUCUGGUUACAAAAACAGAAACAUGUUGUUGAAUGUUGUACAGAUAGUGCUAGAAAAUCUGUGUUCUUUUUGGUUUUUUGUUUGUUUGUUAUGCUUUUCUAUUUUGUUUUUUAAGAGAGCACAAACUUGAGCCAUGGUCCCUUCCCCUGCUGAAAAGUGAUUCCCGCCCUCUCGAAGGCAUCGCUGGUGCAGCCAGUCUGUAGAAUCUGGAAUUUUUCAGAUGUAGAUCAAGUCAGAAAACUGGUGGAAGACACUUUUAGUUUUCUAGAAAGCGAAAAACAAUUUGACCCUUGUUUGUUCCACAAACCAAACCACACGGCUAAACUCUGACUGCAGUGUGUCACUUGAUAUUUGCACUUGCUUUUGAAUUUUUCUGCCAUUUUUUUUUCAGAAAAACUAUAAAUUUUAAUGAAAGAGUUUAAAUUUAAAAAAAAAACAAUUAAGGUCAAAGGAACCUGUGGCUCAUUUUGGGGCUUUUGUUUUGAAUGAUUCGCGCUGAGGUGACGGGACCAUGUUGGGUUUGGGCUCUCAUGUAGAUGACUGCCAUUGCAGUGAGGGAAAACCCACCUAACAUAGUAGUGACUAAUAUAACUCUGUGGGCAAAUGGAAAAAAGAAAAAUAAAUCACAUUAUAAAUAAAUAUAGAGAAGAUGA